ACCGCUAUCGCCCCACAACUCCAUACAUCUUCUUGCCUCAAGACUCUCUCGUACAUACAAAAUGGCCCCUGGUCAAUCCUCUGAAGUAAUCCCAGACCAAUGCUACUUAUAUAAUCUCCCCAAUGAGAUCAUCCUGCACAUUCUGACGCCGCUACCCACUCUCGAGCUCCUUCCACUGACUCUCAUAUCUCAUCGUAUCUAUGCCCUGAUUCUCCGCAUUCUACACAACCGCCUAUAUCUUGCCUCGCAACUCCAUGACCAUACCCUCAUGCUAGAAUGCUACCACCCAUCCGCGAAGCUCACCGAGCCUCCCUACUUCUGCACCUAUCACGGCACUGAAGGGCUCUCUCUCUACUAUUGCCCGAGCGAAACCGACGUGGACCUUCCUGCGCGUCUCGGCGAGCUGAAGAACCUGUACUCGCACUUCCGGCCGCAUAGGCGCGAGAUCGAGCCCGCCCGACGACGUGUAAAUCGGCAUCCAGCCGGGGACGUUCCGGGGAGUCGGACGCACUCGGAGUCUAGUUCAACAGGUGCCGCGAGGAGGGCCGAUAAGGAUGACAUGGUCAAGCAGAUAUUGGGUCUGGAAAGCCAUGAGCUAUUCACGCAAUUGUGCGCAGUGGGCUAUAUAGUCAGAAAUGGGCCAAGACCAGGCAUCUUUAUGGCAUAUACCGAGGUGGAGGAGGGAGUUGUGAGGGUAUGGCGGGAGUGGCUAGGGAAGAUGUCAAAGAGGGGAAAGGGUGAAAACGCAGCUGGCAGACUUGCUGCUGCCGAAGAGGGGGACGCGGGACAGAAUUAUACUGUCACAGCCCCGGGACUAGAUGAAGAGAACCUCCUUUGGGUCAGCCCUGCGAAGAAUACUGGUAUACGCUUCAAUAUCCGGGACCGGAAAUUGAGGCGCGAAGUGCCCAUUCUCCUGCACGUUGAAGAGGACUUGCCUGUGAGCUAUGAGGUUGAGUACGACGAGCUUCUCAUUCGGACGUCUCACCUGCUCUUGAUGUUCGAGAAGUCUCUCCUCCAACGAGAUAACUCAUCUGGCAAAGCUGUUGUGAUUGGUUCAUUUGGCUAGUCUUUGAGCUAGCUUUACUGCAUCUGGCGCUUGACUGGCAUCUAUCUGAAUUACGAAAUCACGACAGAAUAUGCUUGGAUACCCUCGAAACCCCGUACGUAUGUAUAGAAACGGAUUUUUAGAACCUUCGCACUGUUCUUGAAUCAGGACACAUUCUAGAAGAAAUACUUAAGCAAUAUGUGAUGCAUAUGAAUUAAAACAACUAAGAGAUCAAAAGUGUUUUUACAACGUCUAGCCCAUCAUAGAAGCCUCUAUCACUAGUCAGACGGUAAAAGAAAACUCAUUUCGAAGUUUUGCAGUUUCUUGGAGGAAGUUGUUGAUUAGUCUGGUACUAUCCAAUUGAAGCAAUGCACAAGCGGACC